UCCAUAACUUCCACAAAAGUUGAGAAAAGCCCAAUGGGCCAAACAACCAAACCACAAACCCAAUAUAAAAGACCUUCAAAUAACCCUCAAAAGAACCCUAAAUCUUCAAGAAGCUCAUUUCUCGUAGCAGCGGCAGCCUCCUUCGUGUCUGAAGAUGAAGUUCAACAUUGCAAAUCCGACUACCGGAUGCCAGAAGAAGCUCGAAAUCGACGAUGACCAAAAGCUUCGAGCUUUCUAUGACAAGAGGAUUUCUCAGGAAGUCAACGGAGAUGCACUUGGAGAGGAAUUUAAGGGGUACGUGUUCAAGAUCAUGGGAGGCUGCGAUAAGCAGGGCUUCCCAAUGAAGCAGGGAGUGUUGACCCCAGGGCGUGUUCGUCUUCUACUUGUUCGAGGAACCCCUUGUUUUAGAGGAUAUGGUAGGCGUAACGGUGAACGUAGAAGGAAGUCUGUCCGAGGAUGCAUCGUCAGCCAAGAUCUUUCGGUCUUGAACUUGGUCAUCGUCAAGAAGGGUGAGAAUGAUCUUCCCGGAUUGACCGAUGUGGAGAAGCCAAGGAUGAGAGGUCCUAAAAGAGCUUCAAAGAUCCGCAAGCUCUUCAACCUCUCAAAAGAAGACGAUGUCAGGAAGUACGUCAACACCUACCGCCGCACUUUCACCAACAAAGCUGGUAAGGAAGUGAGCAAGGCUCCCAAGAUUCAAAGGUUGGUGACACCAUUGACUCUGCAAAGGAAGAGAGCUAGAAUUGCAGACAAGAAGAAGAGGAUUGCUAAGGCAAAAUCAGAGGCUGCUGACUACCAGAAGCUUCUAGCAACAAGGUUGAAGGAGCAAAGGGAGAGGCGGAGUGAGAGUUUGGCGAAGAAGAGGUCGAGGCUGUCGGCUGCUUCUAAGCCCUCUAUCGCUGCUUAGAGGUAUCGACGUUUUGGGUGUUAAGUCUUUAUGCUGUUUGGUUAUAAUGGACGAGACAUUAGUUUUGUUACCUUGAUUUUUGUUAUGAGUUUGCUUGACUGAGUAUGUUAUACUUGAAGUUUUUGAUGUUAUGGUUAUCUUAUGCGCUUUUGCUGCUGUUUGCUUUAAA